AUGCAUGGCACGACUAAGGACGGCCUUAUCACGCUUGGAGAGAUGCAGUGCCUCGGUGCCUGCGUCAAUGCCCCCAUGUUGGUUGUGAGUGAUUACGGCUGUCCACUGAACUUUUCGUAUAACUUUCUGGAGGACUUGACGUGGAAUGAUGUCAAGCAACUUAUCGAAAAUUUGCGUGACAACCGUUCAUUUAAGGUCGGUACACAACACCCGGAUCGUGUAUGGGCGGAGCCGCCGGGGGGCAGAACUUCACUCUUCAUGAAAGAACCACCGAAGUCGUAUUAUAGGGAUAUUGAUGCGAAGCCAGCCCCAUCAGCUGCUCCAGACGCCGCUAAGAAGUAG